AUGAAGGUUGAACUUCAAGAUGGGGCACCGCCAGUAACUGGUUUUGCGUGCCAUUCGUCAGGGUGGAUGCAGUUGGACAUUUUUACGGCAUGGUUUAAGCAUUUUCUUAAAUUUGCCAAGCCGACUGAAGAUGAUCCAGCACUGCUAAUUUUGGAUGGACACAAUUCACAUACCAAGAAUUUGGAUUUCAUUGAUAUGGCACGAAGAAAUCACACGACCGUCUUGUGUCUGCCUCCACACUGCAGUCAUAGACUGCAACCUUUGGACGUGUCUUUUAUGGGUCCUUUGAAUAAGUAUUACAUCCGUGCAGUUGAGAAGUAUCUUCGCAAUAACCCAGGAAGAGCCUUGACUGUGUUCCAAUUCAGCCAACUUUUUGGCGAAGCAUACAGCGAGGCAGCACAACAAUCCAUUGCAAUCAAUGGAUUUCGUAAAUGUGGGGUAGAACCAAUGGAUCGCCACGUAUUCAAAGAUUAUGAUUUUGUGCCAGCAGACACAACAGAUAACAUUCUUCUUGAGCAGGAACUACAACAAAAUGAAGCUAAUAAUGAGAAUGAGACACCUGAAAGAGUAGAGUCUCCAUCUAUUCUACAAGUUACGCCACCAACAUUGGAUCAGGAAGAAAAUAUUAAUGUAACGCUACCAGUUACUUCGCCAAUAUUGAACCCUUACAUAGACCUACAACCCAGCACAUCCUUCGCGGUAGCGCCUGAAGACUUAUUUCCGAUUCCCAAAGCAUUGGCUAAAAUUAGAAAAAUAAAUAGAAAGAGCACAGCAAUUUUAACGAGUAGUCCUUAUAAAAAUGAGUUACAGGAAGAAAAAACACAGCAACAACAAAAAAAAAGAACUGAAGAGAGUGACUAA